GUCGUGCCGUCGUAUGUAAAUGAAGCUGUAGUAUGGCGAUUUAUUAUUUGACAUAAGAAACGUCACACAGCAGACAAGUGACAGAAAAACACCGGUGAAAUACAGAGAACUAACAUCUAAAUUUGACGAUGACGACCACAAAGAUCUGACCCUCCCAAAUGAGUACCGACAACCCUAUUUCAGCCUUGCAAGAGUUCACAACCUCAAUAUGUCUGGCCCCUCCCAAAUACGAACUGGUAACUCAAACCACUGGGACUCACAAAAACCAAUUUGAGUUUAUCGUUUCUGUUGCUGGUGUUCAGGCAUCUGGCAAGGGCUUCUCGAAGCAAUUAGCCAAACAUCAAGCUGCUAAAAAUGCCCUGAUCAAAAUCGAUGAAGAGGGAAAUCAUGUAUCUGUAAAGACUUACUUAAAUAAAUCAAAUCUAUCCAUUACCAGCGAUGGCGAUGUUCCUGAUCCGGAUUGUAUUGUUGAUUUACAAAACUUGUGUAUGGAAAAGUCGCUGCAGCUGCCCAGUUAUUUUGAGAUUUCGGGAGAAGGGCCUUCGCAUUGCAGGGAAUUCACUUAUGGUUGCAGUGUUGCUUCACUGUAUGUAAAAGCCAAAGCUGGAACUAAAAAACUGGCCAAGAGACUGGCUGCUAAAGAAAUGCUCGAAAAAUUAAAGUCCCUUAGUGAUGAGGAACUGAAUAGCAAGAGGCAAAAGUACGAAGAAAUAGAAAAUCUACAAGCCAAAGAGAAGUACCAACUACUCAAUAACAGACCGGACUGUAAUUUUAAGGAAAUUGGAGAUUUUAACGAUAAUCCUUUUGUUAAAAUGAUGGCUCUUAAAGGGCUGAAGUAUGAAGAUUUUGCGGAGGAUCUAAAAAUGCGAAAUGAAGAGGCUUUAAGCAGGAUAACAGGGAAACUGGGAAUUGCGUAUACACUGCGACAAAAUGAGAAUCAACCCACAAUGGCAACGCUUAAUGUAGCAGUUCAAGUGCCUUUUGCUCAGAUCGCGAUUGGGGACUCUUAUGAUGAUGCCAAGCAGAAGGUUUUGCAUCAGGCCUUCCUUAUUUUGGAAAGUUACAUUAAUAAAAAGGAAUUUUCUUAAGUUUCUAUCAGUAGUCUGCUUAGAAAUCUCGUUUAUUUCUAAUUAAUUGUGUUUGUUAAGAAUUUAUGCGAAGCGCUGCAUAUGUUUUUUAUUAAAUUGUUAUUUCUUGAAGAAAA